CUAUUCCUCCCACUGACACCAAUGAUGGGGCGCUGUUCCUCCCACUGACACCAAUGAUGGGGCACUAUUCCUCCCACUGACACCAAUGAUGGGGCACUAUUCCUCCUCUGACACCAAUGAUUGGGCGCUAUUCCCCCCACUGACACCAACGAUGGGGCGCUAUUCCUCCCCCCGAAACCAACGAUGGGGCGCUAUUCCACCCCCCGAAACCAACAAUGGGGCGCUAUACCUCCCACUGACACCAACGAUGGGGGCGCUAUACCUCCCACUGACACCAACGAUGGGGCGCUAUUCCUCCCACUGACACCAAUGAUGGGGCGCUAUUCCACUGACACCAACGAUGGGGCGCUAUUUCUCCCACUGACACCAACGAUGGGGCGCUAUUCCACUGACACAACAACGAUGGGGCGCUAUUCUCCCCCCCGAAACCAACCACGGGGCGCUAUUCCUCCCCACCGACACCAACCACGGGGUGCUAUUCCUCCCACCGACACCAACGAUGGGGUGCUAUUCCUCCAAUUAACACCAGAGAUGGGGAAUUUAAUUCUUCCAAUGACACCAAUGAUAGUCCGCCCCCCCCCCCCUAGAGUUUGAAGAAAGUGUUAGAGCUCCACCUAUAGACACAAUGAGGUAUUACAGUUGUUAGAGCUCCACCUAUAGACACAAUGAGGUAUUGCAGUUGUUAGAGCUCCACCUAUAGACACAAUGAGGUA